AUGCCACGCUUUUCUCUUGAUUCCGAUGACCACUCGGAGAAUGACUCACCAAGUUCGUUUUCGAGCAACGACAACCACCCAAGAGACUUUUCAUCCAACCUGUCCAUGCAAAACGACUGCGCCAUUGGACAUCGUGUUCAAGCGUCUCGGUCUGUGCUCGCUGUAGCGUUGGACGAAGAGUGCGUCUUUGCCGGGUUGCAAGGAGGUGACAUUUUGGCUUGGUCUUUGGACACCUAUGAGCUGGUAUUGUCUGUUCCAGCACACGGAGAAAGUGUUUUGAGUUUAUUCAUCUCUCCGGAUGGACAAUUACUGUUCUCUAGUGGUGGAGAUUCGGUGGUCAAUGUCUGGUCAACUUCUACUUUCGAAAGGCUAUACUCAAUAUAUUCCCAUCAUGACGUUGGUGAUAUUUUCACUGUCGUCUACUCACAGCAAUUAAACACUGUAUUUUGCGGCGGACAAAAUACAAGUCUACAGUGGUGUAAUCUGUCUACCGAUGGAGAGGGCACUGUUGCCCGACAUCCAUCCCAACGGACACAUCGAUUCUUUGAUUCCCGAGGGCCCGGUGGCAGCGUCAACCCUCGAUCAGAAGAUUCAGACGCCCACAGUUUGACCGAUCACAGUGGGAAAACUUUGACCUUCAACCGCGACCAACAUAGACUAUUCUCCCAUCAUGGUUACAUCUACUGCAUGAUUAUCGUUCAAGGCUUGAUAGAAUCCGCUCCAUCCGAAGAAGUAUUGUUGACAGGAUCCGGUGAUGGGUCUGUCAAGUUGUGGCGAUUAACACACGAGAAAAACGGAGCUCCGAUUCCGUGGUUUGAAUUAGAAAAUGGAGACGAUGCGGUGCUGUCACUCGCUAUCGAAGGCUCCUUGUUAUACUGUGGCUUGGCUGGKGGKGCUUUAAAUAUCUGGAACCUCGAUUCACGGCAGCUUGUCAAGCAAAUCACCGAACAUCAAGGGGACCUGUGGGCUCUUGACAUAAUGGAUGGUGUAGCAAUUGCGGGUGACGCCGAGGGAGUCAUCAAGAAAUUCAAUUCGAGUUUCGAAGAAAUUGGCUGCUGGACAGCCCACGAAGGCACGAUUCUGGCCUCCACCACUAGGGUUUCCAGCAAUAGACGUAUUUAUGCUACUGGUGGAAAUGACAAUAGUGUCGCCCUUUGGGAUUUGGCCGGGCACCUCCAACAAAAGGAAGUCCAGCCAUUCGGCAAUGAUGACAUGGUCAACACUCUAUUCAAGUUCGUUUCAUAUCGGACAAUUUCAUCCAGUCCCAAAUUCUCUGUUGAAUGUAAUCAAGGAGCGACAUUCCUACGCCGCCAUUGUGCAUUUUUGGGAGCGACAACCAAACUACUGCAGACAGGCGCAGAUACUAAUCCAGUUGUAUAUGCAAGAUUCUCGGCGUCCAACCCCGGACCGGAUGUCAAGACUAUAUUAUUUUACGGUCACUAUGAUGUCGUCGGUGCUGACAACAACCAACCUAAAUGGCGAACAGACCCUUUUCAACUUGCUUCUGUCGACGGAUAUUUGUAUGGCCGUGGUGUGUCUGACAACAAAGGGCCGAUUCUGGCAGCUGUGUAUGCAGCGGCGGAUCUAGUCAGACGCAAAGCUCUUGGCUGUGAUGUCGUAUUCAUGAUUGAGGGCGAAGAAGAAUCAGGCUCUCAAGGGUUCGAAAAAGCGGUUCGUGAAAACAAGGACUUGAUCGGAAAGGUUGAUUGGAUACUUCUCGCGAAUAGCUACUGGCUUGAUGACCAUAUACCUUGUCUAACCUACGGUCUUCGUGGCGUGGUUCAUGCGAACUUAAUCGUGACCAGUGAUCAUCCUGAUCUCCACAGUGGUAUUGAUGGAAGUUCGUUGCUUGACGAACCUUUGAAAGAUCUCUCUUUACUGCUUGCAACCUUUAUUGGGCGUAAAGGCCACAUCAACUUUCCCAACUUCUACGAUACAGUCGCAGAGUUGACCAAAGCAGAGGAACAGCGGUUUCAAGCAAUAACAGAGGCCAUGCUCCCAUUACAUCCUCAAAUUGAAGACCGCGAAGCAUUCCCUCAUUUUUUGAGGUAUCGAUGGCGCGAACCGUCAUUCACGGUUCACUCGAUUGAAGUGCCAAGCAACAAAAAUACGGGCACAACUAUUUCCAGACGAGCGAAAGCUGCUUUGUCAGUGCGCAUCGUACCUAACCAGAGUGCCGACGAGAUUGCAUCGGCACUUACUGCUUUUGCUCAGGAGCAGUUUGACUUGCUGGACUCCCAAAACGAGCUCACAAUUGAGAUUACUGGAAAGUCCGAUCCUUGGCUAGGCGACCCUGAUAACGAAAUAUUCGGUACCUUAGCUGAAGCUAUCUCUGCAGCAUGGACUCCAAACUUGGACGAAAAACGGUACAAUUAUCCUCAACCGCAAUCCAAGACAAUAAUGCGACCAUUUGGAGCAGAACUUAACCGCACCGACUCAAACGAUAGUGUAGCAUCUCAUAUCGAUCGAAUCAUUUCGUCAUCUACAACUUCGUCCAAGAAGAGAUCACAAAGAAAACAGAGUGCAUCCAAUGCCACCGCAGUGCCGACCUCUUCAACCUUGACAGGUGCGAGGACAAAUGGAGUCAAGCAGGGUGAAGACGUUGCUGAAGAUUCACUAUCGCCAUCUCCUUCCCUUCUUUCUCUGCCCUCACACGGAAAUGGAAACGGAAUUGGUAUUUCUCGCCAUGACACCGCAGCCUCACCGCCAUCUGCUUCUGCCUGGCCUACUCGAAUCGCAACUCCCACGCCUGUACAACCAAUCUAUAUUCGUGAGGGCGGUUCAAUUCCCACAAUCCGGUUCUUGGAAAGAGAAUUCUCCGCGCCCGCAGCUAACUUGCCCUGUGGACAAGCCAGCGAUCACGCACAUCUGGAUAAUGAGCGACUGCGGGUGAUGAAUUUGUACAAGAGUCGAGAAAUAUUUGGCUGGGUGUUUGAGAAGCUGCCUCGGCGGGGUGGUAAAUAA